CUGAUGCGCGAAUUAAAAUUCACAAAAAAGCUAUCUGUACCUCUGAAGGGUGACUAUAACUUUACUGUCAGGUAGAAUUACGUUUCAGGUGUGUGUGUGUAAAAAUAGGACAGUUGACUGUAACCGGCGUUCAAACAUGGCUACCUCUAUUACAGAACGGGCGACAGAUAUUGUUCUGGUGCUGUUUUUGUUCAGUCCUCUUGUCAUCUGCUACUGGAGCAGCACGUGGGCUAUCCUUGACACUUAUCUGUUUCCUAGCAACCAGACCACGUCAGGAAGUGUUUCUGUAACUGUUAGUAUUAUCAUAAUGGGAAUGACCUUUGUUAUGCAGUCUCGCCUGAAUGGUUGCAUAAAACCAGGCCACCCAGUCAAGAAUGUGAUUGUCACCCGAAUAUACAGUUACGUUACAGCGUUUGCUAUAGUGAAUAACUGGCGGGGUAUCUGGAUGUUGCUGGAUAGGUAUACUGGCGUUACCAUGAUUGGCGCAUGCUGGAAUCUGAUUGGUGGAGUGAUGGGUUUAGUGCUAAUGCGCGCCUACAGGAACACUCUCGCUCCACCGGGUGCUUGGAGUCUGGAUGUAAAUACAGGAACACCCUUUACAGUCGUCACUCUCUUCAGAUCUGAGAGAGGUAGCAUCUUGCACCUUGUCGACGUUGUGUUUAGCGUGACGGUGGUGUCGUCGUUGGUGUUACUGACGUGGCGGGGGAAGUGGCAACUGCUGCAGCUAUCCCUCACCCUCGCCCUCAACAACGACUUCUGGCAAGUAGCAGUCACUGCAGGCGCUGGCAAUGCGCUUCUUCUCCUUCUCUGCAUCACAGAGUUCCCCGCCAGGAAGCUCUCCGCAUAUCUUAAUAGAAAACGUCCAAUCUUACAAGUUGUAUUCGAGGAUGUUUUGGUUUUUAUCACAUGUUACAUGUCUGUCAUGUACUGGCAAGGAAUGUGGGACUUACUACGUUUAUUAUUAAAAGGGUCCGAUUCAAAUUUGACCCAGUGGUUAAUACAUAUACUUGGAUUCGGGGGUUUGAUGGUGCUCCGUUUGAGUAGAACGCUUCAGUUUUCCGGCUUCUUCAUCGAUGGGGAGUUUCCUGAGGGCCUUGUCCUGACUCCAGCCUAUGUAUCAACGCUCUUGAUGACGUCAUCCCACAACUUAAAGAAUUCCCCGGAAACCUGCCAUGGGAAGUCCAACAUGGCGAGUGUGACGACUGAGGAUGCCGAAGUGACACCGCCAGACAACAUGGACAGCCUUGUAGAAGUUCUUGAAUCCACUCAUAUGUAAACCGUUUAUAUGUCAGCAUAAACCAAACUCAUUCCCAAAAACAACCCUCGCUUGGCCGAGCUAACCUUACCCGAGUGUAAAAUUUAACGUUGCAUCGGCAUUAUUUCAGCCAUAUAGCCAUUAAAGAUGAAGAGACACACCCAGGUCCCAUAACUCUUCAAGAAGUACUGGAGAAAAUACUUGCGGAAAUAGGGAGCUUGAAUUCGGAGAUAUUUAACGCCAAAUCAGAUAUAAGCACACAAAUUGCAGAACAAAAGAACGACAUUCACCUUAUUUAUUCUAAAUGUGAAAAAUUGGAAGAUUAUGUUAAAGAAUGCAUAGUGAUCUAAACAGAAUGAAACAGAACCAUGCUUAUCUAUCUUCCAGGGCUAAGGGUCAAACUAGGCUGGAAGUAUGGAGUUGUAUUUUGGCUGGACCAACGAGUCUAUUCAUAGUACAAAAAAAUCUCGUACCGAUAUCGUAAGGGCAUAACUUGUAAUAGCAACUGGGUGCGCUACGGCCGAGCCCAGAAAUUCCAGCCAAAUUCGGCAAGGGUGGAAACUGGACUUUUAAAGUCAGUUAACUCCUUUGCCUCUCGGGAAGAUGAACCAUGAUAUAAUGUAUGACGACGUUGAUGCACUUUCAGGCAAGGUAGAUACUGUGUUUGAUAAGAUGUAAAAAAAUGAUAACGAAGUAGAAAGACUUGAGUCCUACUGCAGACGUAAUAAUAUCCUCAUCCACGGAAUACCGGAAGCUGCAGGCGUAGAAAUAAUCAACGGCAUGUAAAGAUUCGGUGUUGUCCGUCCUCAGUGAACAUACUCAAUUCAAAACGUGGCAGCCAUUGGACAUAAUACGUGCACAUGGGCUUGGCGUUAACGUGUAAAUGCAAGUCGACCUCGUCCAAUGAUUGCUAAGCUACAUUCGUUUGACGACAAAUCCCGUGCCUUGAAAACGACACCUACAUUCAAGGAAGGAAUUUCCAGUGACCUAACGUCACGUCAACGUCGGCAGCUGUGGGCACCAUUCGUCACCACUCGCAUGUUUCCGUAACCUACAAGGCUUGUCCCCAUCAAGAAGGCCGCUACGCGUCGAAAUGUCGCAAGCCAACCAGAUCUAAUGCUUCGAUCAAUAUAAUCCCUAUAGUAUUUAAUAAUUUUGGCAGUAUGCGUUUCUUUAAAAAAUGUAGAAAAUUGUAGAUGGAUCAGUUCCACAGCACAGUGUAUACAGAUAACAGUACUGUGAUAUUUAUAUAUUGAUGUUACUUGUUGGAUCAUAUUGGAUGAUAAAUUCAAAUGUGCAGGUACGUUUGUUUACAUUCAGGAUGUCAUCGAUCACAAUUGCGUGGAUCGAUGCUCAUGAUAUUAAUCAUUGGAUUGUCUGGUCCAGACUCGAUUAUUUAUAGUAUAUGUAGUUACGCCAUAGUUAAUUUACAUAAAAUCUGGAUACUGUUAAGGCUGUCCAUGAAAGGAGAGAUUCGGUCGUUAUAGCACUGAAAGACAAUGUGAAACUUGCAAUACUUAACUGAGCAUGUCAGAGAAAUUCAUUGUUGAAAUUACUUCAAUCCGAAAA